AUGGACAAGGUAAUGAGAAUGUCUUCAGAGAGAGGAGUGGUGAUCUUCACGAAGAGCUCAUGUUGUCUCUGCUACGCCGUUCAGAUCCUGUUCCGUGACCUUAGGGUUCAACCAACGAUCUACGAUAUUGAAACCGACCCAGACUGCCGUGAAAUCGAGAAGGCUCUCCUUCGCAUAGGUUGCUCUACAGCGGUACCAGCUGUCUUCGUAGGUGGCAAGCUCGUUGGUUCCACCAAUGAAGUUAUGUCCCUUCACCUUAGUGGCUCUCUCGUCCCUUUGAUCAAACCCUAUCAGUCCCUCCCUUACUAG